AUGUGGUCUCCCAAGGUUGCUGCCGCCGUCCUCGCCUUUGUUGGUGCUACCAACGCCUGGCAGCCCCCGACCUACGGCGGCUUCAACUUGGUCUGGACCGACACCUUCGCCGGCAACGGUGCCACUUCUCCUAACCAGAACAACUGGAACAUCAUCACCGGAAACUUGAACGUCAACGCCGAGCAGGAGACCUACUCCUCCAGCACCGCCAAUGUUCAGCUCAGCGGUGGCAGCACCCUCCAGCUGGUCCCCUGGAGAGAUAGCAGCAAGGGAACCAGCACCUUUGGUGGCUGGACCUCCGGUCGUCUCGAGUCCAAGUACACCUUCACUCCCCAGGCCGGCAAGGUUACCCGUCUCGAAGCCGCCAUCCGCUUCGGCAGCAACGCCCAGGGCAACAAGCAGGGUAUCUGGCCUGCUUUCUGGAUGCUGGGUGACUCGCUCCGUCACCCGGGCGGCAGCUGGCCCAACUGUGGUGAGAUCGAUAUCAUGGAGACUGUCGACGGCCAGGCUACUGGCCACGGUACCCUCCACUGUGAUGUCUUCCCCGGCGGUAUCUGCAACGAGGGCAACGGUAUUGGAGGCCCUGUCAACAUCGCCAACGUCAACGACUGGCACGCUUGGCGUGUUGAGGUCGACCGCACUCCCGGUAGCUGGCAGUCCGAGACCCUCACCUGGUCUCUCGACGGCACCAACUACUUCCAGAUCACUGGUUCCCGCAUCGGCAACCAGAACGUCUGGAACAACAUUGCUCACAGCCCCCUCUUCUUCAUUCUCAACGUUGCUGUCGGUGGCAACUGGCCUGGCAACCCCAACAGCGCUACCCUCGACGGUUACGGAAGCAUGAUGGAGGUUGGCUACGUCGCUCACUACUCUACCUAA